AUGUCCAAAUCCGCAGUCAUUUCCGUAAUCGGCUCUCUAAAUGUCGACCUUGUCACGCGCACAGCGCGUAUCCCCGUCGGCGGCGAAACGCUCGCCAGCGAAUCUUUCAACAUUGGCUGGGGCGGCAAAGGCGCCAAUCAAGCCGUAGCAUGCGCACGCCUCUCGCGCACGAAAGCGCAAGCCAGCGCCUCGCAAGCCUCGGAUGUCGAGGUGCGAAUGGUGGGAGCAGUAGGCCAAGACGAAUUCCACCAGGGCUUCUUGAAAGCAUUGCGAGACGAUGGUCUGAACACGGACAGGGUGGAGAUUCUGCCGGGGAAGAAGACGGGCGUCGCAGUCAUUGUGGUUGAGACGGGCUCGGGAGAGAACCGCAUCAUGUUCAACGCCGGUGCGAACGGCGAGGUGCCCGUCAAGGAUCUGGUCGAUGCCGACGCGGGUGUGGCUCUGUUUCAACUCGAGUUGCCGUUGCAGGUUGUGUUGCACAACAUGGCGAUUGCGCGCCAAAAGGGUGUGGAAACUAUCAUCAAUCCCGCGCCCGCAGUGCCGCUACCUGCAGAGGCGUAUCAGGGGCUCGGCCACCUCAUUGUCAAUGAGACAGAGGCGGCGAUUCUGAGCGGUAUCGAAAAGCCAACCAACUGGGAUGAGGUUGCAGCCGUUUUCAUUGCGAGGGGUGUGAAGAAUGUCAUCAUCACACUCGGAGGAGAGGGAGUCUACUACAAAACAGCUAAGCAACAAGCUUCAUCCCAGCCAGGAGUCAUUGUGCCAGCACGCAAAGUCCAAGUCGUCGAUACGACCGCUGCUGGCGACACCUUUGCUGGUGCCUACACUGUUGCUGUAGCGCGCUGGAAGGCCAUGGCGCAGGGUGCUGACUUUGAUCUUGACGCUGCCAUUGCCAAAGCAAAUCGAGCUGCAUCCAUGACAGUGCAGAGAGAGGGCGCACAGUCGAGUAUUCCGUGGGCAGACGAAGUCCCCGAGUCAUGAUGGGGAAGGGCAAAGUAGCUAUGGUAACAUUUUUGUUGAUGGAUAGAUCAACAUGACGUUUGAUGUACCUGGGAUGUUGGAAGUUUCUGUUCCCACCAAUGGUUUCGAGUAAUCUCGCAAUCGC